GGCCCCGCCGUCGAUCUUCACAGUUCACCGCAGAGACCAGAACAGAGCAAACAAAGAGAGCAGAGUGUUUCCGAGCGAGUGUGGUGGUCGUCGUCAGCAGAGAGGCUAGAGAUCGAGAGAGAGAGAGAGGAUGGCGGACAUCGCGUUGCUGGUGACGGAGCAGUUCGAGAAGGAGGUGAAGAGAGGCGCCGGCGCCGGCGGGGACAACGGCAGCGGCAGCGGCGGCGAGAGGAGGAAUUUUGGGGCCGUGGCCAAGGUGUGGAGCUCGUGGGUGGAGUCCGCCACCACCGCCGCGUCCGGGGUGAGGGUCAGCGUCGCGGCGGUGCACCUGGAGCCCAAGACCGCGCUCGCCCUGGCCGCCGCCGCCGGCCUCUUCUCCGCCUAGUGCUCUAGUAGUGUCGGCUGCUUCCAUUGUCUUUCCUAAUCGAGUCCUGCACCGGCACCAUACUAUGCUGGUGUAAUCUGUACAGUCGUCAGUCGCUGCGCCUGCGCCGUAAUCUGCAACAGAAUUACUAUUCAUAUUUGCUCCAGAAA